GCUCCACACUGAUCCGCUGCAUACACACUCACUAACGCACACGAUCACCUACAGCGCGCGGAUUCAGCAUGCAGCAGGCUCAACCCUCUGGAAUAUAAUCUGUAAUCUCUCCGAGGCUCGUCGCCCUGCUGAAGUAGACCGGCUUGUGUCUUGACAGGGGCGAGUUGUGGAGUUUGGAGAGCCGCAGGACUCAGGGCUCGGACAAGCCAUGGCAGAGCACAUGAUGAUGCCCAUGAGCCACGGCCAGGCCAAUGGCGGCCUUCACGGGUACCGGAUGGGCAUGAACAGCCAGCAACAUGGACCCCAGCCUGGCUUAAGAGCUAUGCCCAAUGGACAGAUGAUGCACUAUGGGCCCCAGGGAGCCAUGGAGGCCAACAUGAGGCAGCGGCCCAACAUGAUGGGCCCAAUGAACGGUCAGAUGAAUGGAGCACCCAUGGGUCACCAUCAGAUGCAAGCAUCAGCCAAUAUGAUGUACAAUAACCAGGGUCAGCAGCACCAGCACCAGCAUCAUCACAUGCACCACCAACAACAGCAGCAGCAGCAGCAUCAACAACAGCAGCAACAACAACAACAACAGCAGCAGCAACAGGGACAGCAUCAGCAUCCAGGUCAGCAGCAGGCACAGCAGUACAUGGCUGGAGGUCUAACUUCUCAACAGCUAAUGGCCAGCAUGCACCUCCAGAAACUCAACACCCAAUACCACGGGCACCCGCUCGGGGUCAUGAACGGAAAUCACAUGGGGAAUGGAGCGCAGUUCCGCAUGGGCCAUGCUCAACUGGCCAACAUGCAGCACAUGGCUGGUCCUGCGCUUGCGCUCAAUGGCAUGGACACAGACCUGAUUGAUGAGGAGGUUCUCACGUCUUUGGUCAUGGAGUUAGGACUGGACAGGGUGCAGGAGCUCCCCGAACUGUUUCUGGGACAGAAUGAGUUUGAUUUUAUACCAGACUUUGUCAGCAAACAGCAGCCCAGCACAGUCAGUUGCUGAGAUGUGGACAGUGAGACACUCAAAAGGGUGGACAUUCGGCAACCAGGUGAAAAAAAACCCUGUUCUUGGUCUUGGAGAGCAGAGAAGAACAGCCAGAUGUUUCUCUGGUCCACUGCAGACAAAGAGUGGUGGGGCUCCAGCCAGGGUGGUUGUUGUAUAUCUGUGUGAGGAGGGAGUACCAAACAAUGCUCCUGACCCCUCCAGACAUGAAUGUAAUGACAUUGCAGGACUUUUGAGCUUGGUGCAAUGUGAAGUGCUCACAGGCCUUCAAGCAGUUUUUACAUUCACUUAUAACUUAUGUCUGUUUCCUCAGAUACCAAUGUAGAUCACAUGAACAAUGUAAAAAAAAAAAACCUUUUUGAAGUUCCAUGUUGCAGUUGCGAUAGGGGGAAAAGAUUUCUGAUAUUUGUAACUGUCUAAUGGUUUGGUCUUAACUUGGGGGAGGGAAAUGUCCAUGUGUACUGGACUUGUCAGCUUCCCAGUUCUGUAUGUUGUGCUGAUCUACAUAAACCAAGCAAACUCAUUUAGAUAUCUUUCAGUAACUACUGUGGGAUAUGCCAUCACAGCUGUUCUGCUUAAGCUGUAGAACUGCCUUAAAUCACAGCUUUUAUUUAUUAUUUGUUUCUAGUUGUCAAGGAGGGUUAAAUGUGUGACAGACCUCUUUUCUUUAAUAAAGAUGGCCGGGUUUUAACUGUGGCCUAAUUUACCCCUUUUCAUCUCUGAAUUUACUGGACCAACAAUGAAUGCUGCUCAAAAAAUGGGUCACGUGUUUCCAUCUUGCAUCACUUUGGGUAGAGAUCUUGUAUAACAAUCGUAUCAUUCUUAUAUCAGCUCUAUUGAGACACAGUGUGGCAAUGAUCCUCUUCUUUGCUAGUCUUGAUUAAAAAGCUUAAACCUGGAGGGCUUGCCUUGCCCACUGGUUUUUAAUAUGGUACGCUGGGCUUAAUCAAAGGUGGUUGAUUUCUUUGGUAACUGUCUGCACCUUCAUACCCAAACAGAUUGCUACAGAUGUAAUGCCUUUUUUCUAGUGUUAAACAAAUGGGCUGUGAGGGACGAUGUAUUUUCUUGGGUGGGGGUGGGGUUAGUGGAGACAGGCCAGGUUAAUCUCUGCUUACCUUGACAAUACAAGAGACCUCAAGCCUGCAGGUUUUUUAGCCUGGGAACAGAAAGCUUUGGCUCCAUUUAUGGACACAGGCCUACUUGGGCUUUUAAAGGGGGUUGCAAAGGCAAGCUGUUAACGCUUCAUUGUCAUUUCCUCUUUCUUCAAGAAGGAGAGGGGGAGGAUAGGCAGAGGGAUCAGCAGGACAGGAAGUAACUCAGAUGAAUACCAAGCCCUUGGUUCUAAAAGGAGACUAUGUGAGCAAACUAAAGCUAGAGCUGGUGCCUCUGAAAACUUCUGUUUGAGAGCUCCUUCUGUUUACUCUUUUCAGGACCUGCCGGUUAGCUGGGUCAGCCUUUUUACGCUGAGCUGGAAGACCGAGCUGUAGUCCUGUCAUACUGCACAUGUACAUAUACAGUCAUUUUACCAGUGUAUACUUUUCCUUUUCCUGUCUUGACAAUUGUAGUUUCUGCUUGGAUGGCUUUUGAAAGCUGAGUUGACCUUCUCUUGGCUACCCAGAUGGCAGGGUGGACACAUCUGUUUCCUCAUCUUUCUUUUUCUCUUGCUUCUGUUUGAAGAAAAUGUAUUUAUUUUAAGCAAUAAUAAACUAUUUUAUUUAUGGAGCAAA